CGCGCUAGCUGAUAGUGCCACUUUCGCCGGAUUCCUGUGCUUCCCAAGUCACUCCACGGCCAAGCUUGUUUUCAUCCUAGCUCGGCAGACGUUCUUUAUAGUAACCCCCGCCACCACCAGCCGCUGGCGAAAUCGAUCGCGUUGGAAAGGCCUCCGUGAACUCAUAAAAACCGCUCGCAAGGAGGUCGUGAACCUUGUGGGUAGUGUGACCCACCAAAAUGGAGAAGCAUCGGGACACGAUCCACAAGGACUUGGACGAGACGGCAACUAUCAAGAUCGUGUCAGGCACAGUCGAUGCAUCGUGGUCGAGCUUCACGGUCAUCAAGCAG